AAAUUAUAUUGACGAGUUGUUUAUACUUAUAGUCUGAUUCUUUGAAAAACACCUCGUACAAUAUGUCUAACCCAAAAGUGUACGUUACUCGCCGGGUACCGGUAGAUGGAUUGGAACUUCUGCAACGUAAAUGUGAAGUGAAAAUAUGGGAUGACGAUGAAGUUAUUCCGAGAAAGACUUUAUUAGAGAAUGCAAAAGGAAUUAACGGAAUAUUUUGUUUGAUAACAGAAACGAUCGAUGCUGAAUUCUUAGAUGCUGCUGGUCCUGACCUCAGAGUUGUGGCUACAAUGUCCGUUGGGACGGACCAUAUUGAUCUGAAGGAGUGUAAGAGGAGGGGAGUUUUCGUCUCUAACACCCCGGACAUAGCUUCGGACAGUGCCGCUGAUCUGACCCUGGCGCUUGUCCUAAUGACAACAAGACGUCUUGUUGAAGGAGUAGACGCAGUGCGACAAGGUCAGUGGUCACAGUGGAAACCCAUGUGGCUAUGUGGUUCAAAUAUGAUGUCAAAAACCAUUGGUAUUCUGGGAUUUGGCCGUGUUGGCUUUGGUGUUGCGAGGCGACUUAAACCGUUUGGAGUCAAAGAAAUUAUUUAUAACGAUAUCCGAACACAGGAAUUUGCAAAAGAGAUCGCUACGUUUGUCCCGUUCGACGACCUUUUAGAGAAAUCGGACAUCAUUUGCAUAUGUUGUGCAAUGACGUCACUUACGAAGCAUUUGUUCAAUCAAAAUACUUUUAAUAAAAUGAAAAGGAAACCUGUCUUGAUAAAUACAUCAAGAGGAGGAAUUGUCCAACAUGAUGACUUGUAUAUUGCGUUAACAUCCAGUCAGAUUUCAGCUGCCGGCCUUGAUGUCACUGAACCGGAACCACUUCCGUCAGACCAUCCGCUGGUGUCUCUACCGAAUUGUGUCAUUCUGCCUCACAUGGGUACCAGCACAAAAGAGGCGAGAAAGAGUAUGUCAAUUAACACGGCGAAAAACAUUUUGGCGGUUCUUGAUUUGACUGAUUCAGAUUGAUUGAAUUAUAACGUGUAGAUUGUAUGUCAUAAUUCAUCCUACUGGAAUGCAAUAAUUUUCCAUUCUGUUAAAGAGCAAUUAUUUUAAGGCAGUGUCGAUGGCAGUUCAAACGUUUUUUUUCUGAAGGCACGCUUCUCCAUAAUCAUUCUACUCAUUAUACACAAAAGGUUGAUGUAAUAAAUAAACAAUUUUAUUUACCAUGCUUCGGAAAGCAUUCCCUUCCGUUCGUAGUGACAACAGAACAUGAAAAAUACAUAUAAUAGUUGUGCAAUAAAUUUAUUUAUUCGAUAA